GUAACAACAAUUAGCCUGAUGGCUGUACCGAAUGCCCCGCUUGUCCAAAGAACCUAAAAAGGUUUCGAACGUGGAAGCGCCACAAGCCGCUCUGCCAACGCUAAAGCCUUACAAGACAAGUACAAACAAGGGUUUGACGGGCGACCAGUGGAAAACUGCAAAAGCCGCGACAUACCAAGCCCCACCGAGUGGCCUAGCUGCAGCCCUCUCAGCUGCCCUCUCACCAGUAACCGCCCUCAACGACCAGCCCUUUGGUGGCCGACGAGGCCGGAGGGCGAAGCGACGCACCGAGGCACAGGCGCAGCCGCCAGCAACAGACGAAGAACCACUGGGCGCAGGCGGGAGUGCCAGGAACGGCGAGCGGCGUGCUCAGGCCGACGAGCAACCGACCUUGGGCGCUGGCGGGAGCGCCAGACGCGGCAGGCGGCGCAGUUCAGCUCAAGAACAACGGCCCAUACAGCUAGCCAAUAACCAGGAGAGAGCAAAAAGGGUGCGUUUCGCCCCGGGGCCGCUGUCAGCGCCUGCGGCGGGCGCGGACGGGCACCCCACGCAGGAAGGGCGUGUUGCCCGCCCUGUGCGCUACCUGGACUCGCCCUUUUCGCGCGGCAAGAACGUGACAAAGAAGGACGUGCGGGAGCUGGAGGAGUGGCUGGAGGGGCCGGAGUAUGAGCCUAGCCUGACAAAGCUGAAGGUGCGGGUGGGGUUGCUGCCGGCGGCGCCGCUGAUGCGGCCACACGCGACGGCCACACGGCAACGCAGAUGAGGCUGCUGAAGUAGCAUGAGGCAUGGCGGCGUCAGAUUCAACCGUUGGACGGCUGCUUGUCACGGUGACGUUCCGCGGCCGACGGUGACAUGCCGCGGCCGUAACGGGCAGGGCUUUGCCCGCGCAGGCGAGGGGAGAUGGCAGUGUAUACGCCUGAUGUGGAGAGGGUUCUGUGCGUACGUUUGGAUACCUUUUGGGGCGCUGAAAUGCGCAUCCAGGCUGUGAGUAUGGGGAAUGCAAGCAGCAACUGCAAAGUUGGUGUCUCAGGCAACCGCAAUUGCCAGGGGCUGCGCUUGGGGCUGCGGCGAGUGGGGCUCACACACCACCACAUGCUGGCCACGAGGGCGUGAUAGCAUCUCCAGGCAUUGCUGCGUUGCCGCAGCGAUAGUGUAGCGUGCAUCAAUUGACGUUUGCUGUUGGCGGUGUUAAGUCACGGCGUUUGGGGCUGGCAGCGUGGCUUAUCUGGAGCACGCACACUGUGGACGCAGGGUGCCGCCUGCACGCGCUGGUCGCGAACGGAAUGAAAUCAAAGCGCGCAACGUGUUCUCAAUGGACCAUCAUGAUUCACCCCAAUCCAUUGUUACGUCAUGUCUGUCCGGUAUAUAGCCCCU